AUGUCCGCGCCGCCCGCGUUGCAGAUUCGCGAGGCGAACGCACACCUGGCUGCGGUUCACCGGCGCGCGGCGGAGCUGGAGGCGCGGCUAGAGGCCGCGGAGCGCACGGUGAGCGCCCAAGCAGAGCGCCUGACCCUCCAAGAUCAGCAGUUGCGCGCCGCCCUGGACGAGCUGGGCCACGCCAAAGACCGUGAGAUUGCCGCUCUCCAGGAGCAGCUGCUGACCUCCGAGGCCGCCAUCCACAGCCUGCAGGCUGCUGUGCGCCAGAGGGAUGAACUCAUCCAGCAGUUGCAGCCACGGGCCAAGCUGCUACAGGACAUUUGUCGCCGGCGGCCACCCCUGGUCGCACUGCUGGCUGACCUGGCUGAGGCCGAGCGUCUGGGGCCCUUGCCAGCCAGUGACCCAGGCCAUCUACUCCCCAGUGGGCCUGGCCCACCCCUUGCCAACAGCACUGGUGAGAAGGUGGACCAGGACCACCCCCAGCCUACGAUGUUUGGGACCACAGUGUGAGCCUCAGAGCAGAUUCCAGAAUGAAAGCAGAAGGCUCCUUUGGGGAUUUCCACCUGUGUCAAGGGGCAGAGCCACGACCCUUUCCAAACAUCAGAGCAAUCUAAAAAGGCCAAGUUUCCAAUUGGGCCCAUAGGCCAAAUACACAUGUUUAAUCUGACAAGUUAAAACAAAUGACAAAACUUUGAAUCCAUCCUCUUGUUGAACAACUGGUGAUGCUUCCAGAGAAGCUGGAUAUCUGGCUUCAGACCUGGCUGGUCUCGUCUGGCUCUGAGUCCAGGGUACCCUUUUAUCCAGGGUGAGUUCUAUUGGUGCCCUCACCUCUGAGGCUGUUGACCUGGCCCUGGAAGCAUCUGAAUUUGAGACAUCUGUCUGGUGGAGACAGAUGGCAUCAAGUUCCACAAGAUUUGUUGUCCUUGGCCUUGAUACUGUUCCUCCUGACACACCCUAAAGUGUUUCUUAGCUUUUGACCUUGGACCACAGCUAGGGGCUGGAAGCCUCAUGCCAAUCUGCAUUGACCAUGUGAUGACACAUUUCUAUCCUAGAUCUCUGUCCCCUAACUCUGACCUUUCCUCCACAUUUACUCCCAAAGGAUGAGCAGGCAGGGGUGACAGCCGAGAUGCUUUCCUCAGGGUGCGCUGCCUGGGACCUGCACGCGGGCUCUUCUCUCUUCCUAUAACUUUCCCCCCCCAGAUUGCCACAUGAUUGGCUCCUUGUCACUCAGGUCUUUGCUCAGAUAUUACCUCCAAGAGGCCUUCUGUGACCAUCUUACUUGGAGUAGUCCCUCCUUUACCCUGCCAGCCCUGCCCACCAUCAUUCCAUGCCAUUCUCUUUAUGGAGUGUCACACUAUCUCACCAGUAGCGUCAACUCUUUGACAGCAGGGUUUUUGUCUCUUGUUCUGUUUGUCACCAGUGCCUGACAUUUCUCAGAGCCCCCCUCAGGGACAGGGAUGGUCCUGUGAGCCCUGAGGGAGCCCCUCCCCAGGGCCAGCCAAGCUUGUGUGGCAGCGUGCAGAGACACUGUUUUUUAACUCCUUGUGUCUAGCUGUCCUUGCCGCCCAAGGCACUCAGGGAACUUUGCUCUUUAUCAAACCAAGGAGGGGACUCAGGCCCUGUACCUCCCGCUCCCUGCCUGGCGGGCCGCCUUCAAGGCUCCAUACUCAGGGAAUUGUCAUGCCAGCAAGUGCCCAAGAACAGGGACUGUUUCAACGGGCGGUCAUUCACAGCCCUGGGAUGGUGCCGCCUUCCUGCCUGCAUCCAACAGUGACUCUCAGUGCAGUGACAAUGGCCCCAUUUUCCUCUCUGGAUGAACAAGGGAGCUGCUGUUUGCACAAAGGGAAGCAGGCUGGGGACUGUCUGCCCUCAAGCAUAAACCGUCUUGCUUUCUCUGCUGGGCCCUUCAUCCUCUCCCUGGCGUGGGCAGGAGAGCUGGCCCUGCGUGUUGUGCGUGAUCCUGGUUGGGGUCCUGCGGGCUUUGGAGACAGGAGUUCCAGUGCAGGGAGCUGGUGCCACAGUUGUCUAAUCUGGACAGCACACGUCGACACCAGACUUGUCCCCUUCUCACAGCUGUGGGCAGAGGCCUCCAAGUAAAGCCGCCCGGCCUCCAGUUCCGCAAGGCCAGGGCAGCGUCCCGUGCUGGGAGGUUGCUGGAAUUCUCUAUUUUCUGUGGGGCUGGGGAGGGUGCCCAGAGCCCCCCACACUGGGCAAGGGCUCCGGCACUGAGCUGCACUCCCAGCCUGGCAUCGUGUUUUUAAAAAAGUGAAAAUUUCCGGGGGCGUAGUCCAGCGUAUACCUAGCUUGUGGGGGACCCUGUAUUCCACCCCCAAUGCAAAAAUAAAAAACCCAAAACAAUUAUAAAAA